AACCAGGUGAGGGACCUGAGCAAACACAGCACGAGGAGCAGACCUCAGGGUGCAAUGCGUCUGACCCGCACACCGAACUGCCGGCUGUCAAGCAUGCAGGAGUAAAGGCAGCGCAAGGUCUUGGAGCGGCUGAGAAGAGCUCGUGUGGAUUUCUCUUCCGGCACGAAAAGGUCAAUGUGCAAUGGCUACUACUAGAAUUGAUCUCUUGGCAAAGCCAAAGAAGAAUUUCCAGGAGAACCUCCCCAGGGCAUCGGUAUACUGGCUGGAUGAACCUCCACAACAGCCUGAUUCCAAUGGGUGUUACGUUUUGAGCCCCAGGCUGGCACGGCUGAGUCAUUCCAGAGAGCUGAACAGGAGCUUCAAAAGUGACAGACCCUCUCCCAUAUGGGUGGUCAGCGAAUCUGCAUUGAAAGCUGUGGCUAGUAACCGAGUGAUUCAACUUGCCGAGGCUAAGCCUCCUAGUAGAGAAUGGUUACCCGACCGGUCUGUCUAUUCUGAGGUGAGUGAGCAAGCAAAGCACUCGGUGCCCAGCGCACGAGUCCGGCAGCUGGCACAGCCAAAGAUGAGGAAAGACACGGAACAGCAGUCAACCCAAACAGAUGGCAGCAGCUUCAUCUCAGAGGCAACUUUAAAGGCAGUGGCUUCACCACGGGUUGAAGUUUUAGCAAAUCCAAAGGAAGAACACCACUCUUUUCACCAUGACCGACAUGUGAUCUGGAAAGUGCCUGAAGCUUCACAGUGCUUAGCAGUUACUGAGCACACCCUCAAACUCGCCACUCCUAAAGUCCGAAGAGCUUUGUUUGAAGGAUACGAUCCAUACCACGUAUCUGAGGCUGCUAAGCAGGCCACUGCCUCGGCCAGGGUCACAGAACUUAGCACCCCAUUGCCACGGAAGACACGACCCAAGAAAGUCUAGGAGGAACAGAAAGUUUAGACCAGGGGUGUCAAACUCCAGUCCUGGAGGGCCGCAGUGGCUGCAGGUUUUCAUUCUAACCAUCUUUUUCAUUAGUGACCAGUUUUUGCUGCUAAUUAACUUAUUUUGCUUUAGUUUUAAUUAACUUGACUCAGGCCUCUUAGUUGUUUCAUUUUCCUUAAUUAGCAGCCAGACAAUAAUGAGACACAAAACGAGCCGCCACAUGAGCAGCUAACCACAUUAUAUGAACAUAAAGAGAGGUGAAGGUCUCAGUAAGGUUGAUCUCUCAGGUCACCAAAACAAUGUGAGGGUGUUCUUUAGAAAAAACAUAAAAUCAACAGUUUUGGAAAUGUCUGCUGUGGCAAAAUUAGAGCAGCAACAAGCCAUGGAAUUAAAUAACGGGUUUAAUUAGCAGCAAGAA